AUGUCCUCAAAAAAAGCUUUGGUUGAGCACAUUGAUGCCCACCGGGGGCGCGGUCUUGUGGCGAAGGCGGACUUUAAUGAAGGUGACUCUAUUCUUCUUGCACCGUAUGAUAUUGCCGUGCUGUAUAGCCCCUUUGUGCGCAACACGUGCUAUCGCUGUUUUGAGCCCGUUGUGGAACUCCGAAAAGAGGAGGAUGCAGAGGCUGCGGCAAAUACAGAAGGAGAAGUAAAUAAGGAGGAAAUGUGUUACGAAUGUUCUUCCUGCAAGCAUCUUGCAUUGUGCUCCAGUUGCGUGAAGGAUUUGGUUGCGGAGGCGUGUGGGCUGUCUGGCGGGGCUGUGCCCGCCGCAUCGUUGAGAGACAAUGGGCGUGAAGGAGCUAUGCUGCACACGCAUCCCCUUCUAGAGGCGCAUAAACUGGCCUGCGCUUGGUUUUGCACGCUCCCUGAUUCCGUGCGGGCGGGUGAUACGGACUACCUGCGUUUUGCAUUGCAGUACGGCUCGCGUGAAGUUCUUGGUGACACCCGACUUUUGCUCGCCGUCAAAAAGUUGUGCACUAAUACGGUCCAGCAGUUUACGGAGACGCACCGAUUUUGCGAAUCCUUUGCGAAACUUGUUGUGGAAACGUUUGCCCCACAGGGAUACCGCGUGGAUAUGGAGCACCUGCGCGACGUCCUCCUCCGCACCAAGAGCAACAGUAUUGGCUACCCCUUUAAUGAGGAGACGACACUCGGCUGGUCACUACAGGAGGAGUUUUGCAUGAUUAACCACAGUUGCGUCCCCAAUGCGGCGGUUGUGCGCCCGAAACGCACAACAACGGCGGGGGCGUGUUCGAUGGAGCUUGUGGCGCGACGCCCCAUUAAGGCAGGGGAAGAGAUUACAAUUGCAUACGUCGACGUUGAAAGCUACACAAGCGACGUAAAGACGAGACGCCGACAUCUGAUGGAGGGUUACGGGUUUCUCUGCCGCUGCCCAAAGUGUGAGCCUGACACCGCCCCUGCGGCACCCACAACCGCGCAUGAAUAA